UUUCCUGAAAACGCCCCGUGCACGAAAGAGCACAGAACUCAAGUGACUGAAUAAUACGGCUGCGUUGUUUAUCCAGAGGUGGGGGUUGGACAUAGGCUGAAUUCGGGGCCAAACUUUUUUAAGUUUCCCUUUCCUCCCCCACACAAACUUAACAGCAGUAUUCAGCGUGUUACCUCAGUGUCACUCUCACCGUACCGCCGAACAAGGUCAGUAACAGUGACCGCCCACAGGAGUUGUCAACACGGUACCAAACGUGCGCGGACCCCGUCAGUUUUUCUAACAUGGGAGUUUGACUCACCGUCUGAAUAAAAAACGGACCACCGACUGCCGUCGUAUGGAUGGAAGACGCUUCUGUACAGAGGGAGUGAAUGAGCCACACAAACAUUAACCCAACGUCAAGUUUGUGAGCAUUAAACGAAGCGACACCAUGUUGGGAAACCCAGGGUCGUAUGCUAACAAGAAGAGGAAGAAGCCCGUUCUCAAACAAAAGAAACUCUCUGAAGGUAAUGAUGUGGUUAAAUCAAACCCUUCAAAGCGCCACCGGGAUCGGUUGAAUGGGGAGUUAGACCGGCUCACGGACCUCCUGCCCUUUCCUGAGGAGAUUCGCUCUCGUCUGGACAAGCUGUCGGUUCUCCGCCUCAGCGUGGGAUACCUGAGGGUCAAGAGUUACUUCAAUGCGACCAUGAAGAAGAGUAACGGUAAUCUGAUGUUUCCCGGAGUGAAUGGGCAGAGCGGGAACAGCAUGGACACGGCAGACUUCUCGGAGGGGGAGCUACUGCUGCAGGCGCUGAACGGCUUCGUGAUCGUGGUCACGUCGGAGGGAUUCGUGUUUUAUGUCUCUUCCACAAUCAAAGACUACUUGGGCUUUCAUCAGUCGGACGUGGUUCAUCAGAGUGUGUUUGAACUCAUCCAUACUGAUGACAGAGCCAUGUUCAGACAGCAGCUUCACUUCGCUUUAAACCCCUCAACAGCCGGCGCGGGUGGAGAAGUCCUGCAGAGUUGUGAUAACACAGUAAUGUACAGCCCCGAGCAGCUUCCCCCAGAGAACUCUUCCUUCCUGGAGAGGAGCUUUGUUUGUCGCUUCCGCUGCCUCUUGGACAACUCCUCUGGCUUUCUGGCUCUGAAGUUUCAGGGGAGACUGAAGUACCUUCAUGGCCAGGGGGGUCUGAGGGACAAUGGAACCUGUAACAAACCUCAGCUGGCACUGUUCACCAUUGCCAUGCCUGUCCAGCCUCCAUCCAUUGUGGAGAUCAGAGCUAAAAUGCUCCUUUUUCAAAGCAAGCACAAGCUGGACUUCACACCUAUGGGUAUUGAUAGCAGGGGGAAGGUUAUUCUGGGCUAUUCAGAGACUGAACUGUGUAUGAAAGGCUCCGGCUACCAGUUCAUCCAUGCAGCUGAUAUGAUGUACUGCGCCGACAAUCACAUCCGCAUGAUCAAAACAGGAGAGAGCGGUCUCACGGUUUUCCGGCUCCUGAGCAAGUCCGGUGGCUGGGUGUGGGUGAAGGCCAACGCCAAGUUGAUCUACAAAGGAGGAAGACCUGACUUCAUCAUUGCAUAUCAGAGAGCCUUAGUAAACGCCGAGGGUGAGGAGUAUCUACGUCAGAGGAGGCUGCAGCUCCCCUUCAGCUUCACCACAGGAGAGGCCGUCCUCUACAACACCGGCCCCACAGUGGACAUCUCACAGUUUCAGUUCAAUAAAAUGUUUAGCAACAAUGACAUGCACAAUGACGUGAGCCCUGGCUCUCUGCUGGACUGCUUUUUAAAACAGGACGAAACAGCCUACGCCCAGACGGCAGAUGUCCCCUUACCUGUGGAUCAGGUGUUCAUGGACAGCAGGGCCCUGCUCAGCAUUUCCAGUGAUGCAUGGCAGGACGGUGGGGCUACAGCCACCACAGGUGCCCCUGUUGUGGUGAAAGAGGAGGCCAAACAGUCCGUGAUGACUAUGAUUGAAAACCUGGAAAAAGUCACUCAAAAUGGUCACCUCUGUUCAGUGUUGCAGAACCUUGACGUUCCUGACACAGAGCUGAUGGUAUUGGAAGAUGCCCUCAAGGGAUUAAGUCAGAAUGAGGAUCAACAGAACAGCAUCAGUUCUGAGCUGGACAGUAUCCUAACUAAUGACAUAUUUGACUACAUUGACUCUGUUUUGUUCAAGGCGAAGGGAGAAAAUGAUUCAAAUGCCAGCCCUCCCAGCUGUCUUACAGCGUGCGGCAAUAAUGGCCUCAUGGAGCCACAGUUGUUUCAGACACCGAGCCCUGACUGUUCUUACUCUCCAGUGAACGGCAUCUACUCUCACCAGCAGGAUACAGUGAAUGGGCCAUUGAUUACAGGGCAGAGCCCAACAGAACCUGCUCAGUCAUUCAACAGCACCCAGAGACUCUGCCACCGUUCGGACCUGAUUUCUCAGGCUGAUGCCAGCCUGCCACCUCUUCAACAUCUGCAGCUCCAGGACAUUUUUAGCCCAUCUAUAGAGCUCCCACAGCUCACUGUCCCUGACACCUCAGCUGAUCAUGCCUCUGCCAUUUUUCAGUCCUGUGGGCAGGCACACAUGGGCUGCCCUCCGGAGCUGUCUGGGCAGACACAGUCCAGCCAACCUCUGCUGUGUCCUCAAAAUACUUUGCAGGCUCCUGCAAUGGCAGCAAAUGGACAGUUGAUGCAGCAGAGCUCUGUUAAACAGCCAAACAAUGCAGCACCUGUAGGGAUUGACAUUUUGCCACCUCUGAUUCCUUGUAAUGACUUUAAUUCUUCUAGCACACCUAAUAUCCCCACUCCUUUUGCCACAGCCUGUCUGCAGAGAACCCCCCCUCUGGAAGCACAAAACCACCAGGUUCAGCAGUGGUCGCAGAGCCAGCAGCAGAAGCUGCCUAACGGUGGCAUCAUGCAGAAUGGACAUGAGCUGAUGCCAGCAUGCCAUAGCCAAACUUCAGAAAGCCAAACAUUCCCACACACUGGCCUUUGGCCAAGGAGUGUCCCCGGUCUGAACCACAAUCAGCAGGGAGGGCUGGCAUGUGGCCAGGCAGCUACUCACAGCAGCCGCAUGUUCGACCAGCACUUCUCUUCCAGUCCAGCAGGAGGCGAUGUCCUGGCUCUUUCAGGGUCAUCAGCCCUGAGAGGGGCUGACACUCUUCUGGAUCAGAGCCCUCCUCAAGGUUCUUGCUACUUUCAAUGGAGUCACAGCGAACCUGUGGUGGGCACAUCAGUCAUCAGCCAGGAGAACGCCAACAUCAGCCCUCUGACCGCUCCAUCCAGCAUAUCCUCCUUGGAACACACGUUGAACAUUGAGCACUACCUGGACUGUCACAGACAGACACAAGUAAACAUGGCCCAGUGCAGGCUGGAUAACUUCAGCCAACGAGAAAAUUACCAGAGAAAAUGACUAAUUCAAGGAGCAAAUGAAUGAGAAAUAAUUAUUAUUCUGUCAGAUUAUUAUUUAAAUUAACCAGAUAAUUGUUAAGUCUAUACAAUGUCAGAAUAAAGUAACAAAUGACAUUUUUUUAGUUUCAAAAAACCUGAAGUGACGCAUCCAGAAUGCUUAUUUUGUUAAACCAUUCAAAACCCAAAGAUAAACUAUUUACCAUGAUAGAAAAAAAAUUCUCAACAUUUCAGUGUGCAAGUUGGAAUCACAAAACAAAUUUUAACAGUCAUCAGUUCUGUAAUCAAUUACACGUCUAAUUGUAUUAGCACUAUUUAAAUGAGAAAAAAAAAAAUUAAAUUGAAAAAAAAGAUUUAAUUAUGAUUAGUUGUAAACAAAUAUUUUACGUUUUCUGUAUUAAAUAUUUCCAUUUAUUGUGUUGAAAAAAACCUCUUUAAGCAUGUAUCCUGUCUGCUCAUCAUGUAGCUGUGAACGUGUCAGGGUAGAGCCAAGCCAUGUUCUUUACUUCUGUCCCGACAAACACAUUACCAGUGCUUAUCCACACCUUCUCGUAUGUUUUAUGACACCCUGCAUCAUAUGAGCUGUGUCCUGGUUGUGAUGUUUAAAAGCCGUUAGUGCCUGUUAGUUUUUAGUGAAGACACACUAUAAUGAUAAUAAUGAAGUAUGAAGCCACAAGUGGGUUUACAAAGAUGGAGCUUGAGCCAACUAGGAGGAUUGGUCAAGUAAAUCCAAAUAGCCAAAGAAAUAUAUUUUCAUAAGGGAAACCAGACAUUGUCACUUCCUUGUUUUUUUGCCUGGGACAUUAAUAUACCACUAUAAAUACCUAAAAAAAAAAAAAAAAAGACUUCAUUCUAAACGCUGAUGCUGACAAAGUGGAGAUCUCUUCUAAAAGAAAUGGCAUAAAGAAUCACUGAAAGUGGUAGUGACCUGAAAACCUGUGCCUCCAAAUUAAUAUUAUUACAGAUCAAAUAAUCUGUAUAUAUUAAAUGCUGUCCUUAAAUGUGGUUGGAGUAUGUAUCUGCUGUGCUAGUGGUAUUUGUUUCUCCAGAAGUUCUGCUUUGUCUCACUAAAAUCUUAUAUGUACAUAUGUACACAUAUGCUUUGGCCUGUGAGACCUGUGUUUAUCUGUGUGCAGUAUCAACAUGCUUUAAUGAUGGGAUAUCUCAAAUCCCAACAGUUAGGAUGUCAGAGAUGAACAGAAAUGAUAUGUCAGGAAAGUUUCAACCAAACUGUCCAACUUUGGGUCAGAUUUACUGUGCUUACAGGUUAAACAUAUACAUAAUAUAUCUUACUAUAACUUGUGGAGCUUCCAUUUAUUUGUACUUCCAUUUACUUUAUGUUGUACUCUUCUUGAUAUGCAGAUUUCAGUUGAUAGACCUUCUGUCACAGAUGUAGGUCAGCCUGCUGCCAUCUCAAGCUAAAUCAAGUCUCCCAUAUUUUGUGAUUGGAAAACACUCAAAUAUACAGUAUAUUGCCUUAUGAAUGUUCUUGUGCCUUCAUGCUGAACAGGGUGCUGAAAAGUAUCUCCACAUAAAUAUAUCUAUGUCUUCUUGUACAAAGCGUCUUAAAAUAAUAUUUUCCUAUUUUUCUAAGGGAGCCCUUUCUCUGUACUGCUGUAAAGGAUGCCAUGUCUGUUAGAGAUUCACUAUUCUUGCUGUAAAAUAAAAAAGAAAUGCUGGUAUUUUUAAACUUGGGAUCCAUAUUUUACAUAUUUUGGUACUUAGCAAAAGUUUUUGAAUUGCUGCUGUAGGGCACCCGGGACACAGCUGUAAUGUAAUCCACUAAAAGCUCCUUUGGAAUUGCUCCCAGGCUGAGAUUGUUACUCUUCGGUGUCCCACAGAGACAGACUUUUUUGUUAAAGAGUGAAACGUAAGGCUCAUAGAGAAACAAUCUCAGCCUGUGAGGCGUAAAAGAGCACUUUGGUGGGCAGAACUUUGAUGGUGGGAGUCGCACCAAAGGGUUACAUCACAGCCUGCUGAGGCGAUCCACUGAACCAAUUCCAAAACUUUUGCUAAGCAUGAAUCAUUUACACAUUUAAACAUGUAAACAUAAGGCUCAGGUUUGAAAAUACUGCAAUCCCCCUUUAAUAAUAAGGUUUUAUCCUUAAGUGCGUUUCAAAGCUCUGAGGAAUUUCUUACAGUUUAUUUUCCUUUUCAUAAAUGUCCUUAACAAUGGAAACAAGGGAAAACACUUAAGCUGUGAUCUGUCUCUAAAGAUAUGAUGUGGCUUCUUUAAUUGAUGAACAGAAUGAAAAUACGAGGCAAAGGAUUUACAAUCAAGAAUGUGGAGAUUUUAACUGGUGUAACAAUGCAUUAUAUUUGCUUGGCUGCAUCUUGUCUGUGCUGUUCAGUCUGUUUUGGCUUUUUUUAUAUAUAUAUAUGUGAUUGUUUAAUAUCAACACUACAAAAUUUAAUAAUGGUCUGGAUUAAUUUGAGCAAGAAAGGCAUUAACUUGGCAGCUUUACUCUUCCUGCUGCAUUGUGGGAAAUCAUUCAGUAUUUUUACCUUUCCUUAAGAAUCGAUUGUGCGUGUGUUUUGAACAGUGCUUUGAAAAAAUUACGGAAAAAUCACCACCCUAAGUGAAAUCUCAAAGGAAAAUCUUAAAAGUCUCAGGGCACGGAUGAAUGCGGCCUCCUUUCCUGUGCCCUGGUUGCUCAUUGUUCUUUGUUGUAUGGAAAUAGCAGCCUCACUCUUCCCCCUGCAGAGAAAGUCAGUAUGAAGCAGACUGUAGAAGCUAAGGACAGGCUGUAAAUCGCCUUUGAUGGUGGGCUCUGAUGCAGACAUGUCAUGACCGUAGCCACUAUGAAAAUAAAACCUGGAGCCAAAUGUUUUAUUCAGCGCGGUAUUGGUGUGCUGAAGCUAACAUGUGCCUUGGCAGUUGCCCUAUUUCUGUUAUUUGUAAAAAAAAUGAAAAUAAAAAUAUUCAGUUUAAUGUAAUCCACUUAUAUAUUGUCAAGUAAUUAUCAUAUAUAUAUAUAUGUGUGUGUGUGUUAAACACAUAACGACCUUUUGUCUACUGUGCUAUGCUUUUUCAUAAAUACAUGUGUGCAAUCAUUAAAA